CGAAAGAAAACGAUUGCCUUAACUGACACCUUAAUUAUUUAUAGGUUUUGUCCUUGGUAUAUGCAUAUUGAUUCUAACAUUGCUAGUGUCAUCAAGGUUGUAUUCCGAUAACAUAAGGAGAAAUAUAAGGAUUGGAAAGUAUAAAGUAGUUUAUAAGAAACACGUAUAGCGGAAGUCAUCGUGAAAUCCAACAUGGCGUCAACAGACUUUGGAGACCAGCUCACCGAUGAUGAAAAGGUGCGCAUUGCUUCUGACUUCGUCUUACAUUCCCCUCCUGGUGAAUUCAAUGAAGUUUUUAAUGAUGUGCGAACACUUGUCAACAACGACACACUUUUGCGCGAAGGAGUAGCAAGAGCAAUAGCUGAAUAUAAUAAAGAUCAACUAACUCCUGUGAGGCUAGAUGGACAGAGCCAUUAUGCACUGGUCACUGAAUACAAUGAUUUGGGUGGAGGGCGGUUUCUAGACCCUAGAGCUAAACAGACUUUCAAGUUUGAUCAUUUAAGGAAGGAAGCAACGGACUUGAAGGCUUGUGAAAGUGACCCGACUACAGAAAGCUGGAGGAGUGCGGUGGAGACGCAGUUAAUUAGUUAUGCUAGUGAUCACUAUCCUCAUGGUGUAUGUGCUGUGUAUGCAAGAGCGCAAGGUUCAGCAGUUACUUUAACUAUGUGUAUAGAAGACCAUCAGUUUCAGCCUAAAAAUUAUUGGAAUGGUCGGUGGCGUUCAACGUGGACAGUAACCUUAGGUGGGGGAAGUGUAGAGCUUAAAGGAGUUCUUAAAGUACAAGUCCACUAUUAUGAGGAUGGAAACGUCCAGUUAGUCACAUCCAAAGAUGUCAAGGGUAAUCUUACAGUCUCGGGUGAAGAGGAAACGGCCCGUGAGCUUGUGGAAUUUAUGGAAAGUGCAGAAAGUGAAUAUCAGACAGCCAUAAGUGAAAAUUAUCAAACUAUGUCGGACACAACAUUCAAGGCCUUGCGUCGCCAGCUGCCAGUUACACGUACUAAGAUAGACUGGAACAAGAUAGUUACCUAUACUGUCGGAAAGGAACUGAAAAAACAAUAAUAAUUAAUAUGGGACUAAGAAACAUUUUUAAAAAUAGGCUUGCUCUUCAUGGUUUGUCUUGGGAGCAAGUCUGGACAGUGCAUUUGGCAUACAUAAUUCCCAUUUUAUUAUUGUCAAUUGUUGAUACUGCAGAGUUAAAUUAUUUUGUUCUAGAUAAAUAUUACAUUAUUACUGUGUGAAGUUUAUUAUCACAGAUUUGUUUAUUUAACCUUCUGUGUCAAAAUAUAUAAAAAAAAAAAUAGGUUCUGUGAUUUACAGUUUCCAGCAAAUUCAGUGAUUUCCUUUCAUUCCUUACAGAGGAAACAUUGCUUAUUUGGGCUUCUCUGGAGUGAAUAUCAUGCCAAUGUUAUAAAAGCGCACUGUUAAUGAAGGUUAAACACAUCUCUCCUCCUUGUUACAAUUGGGUAGGCUAUCGAAGACGCCUUGCCUUUGCCAUCGAUGGAAUAUUGGCAUUGAUUUUGGGUUUCCUUGUAGCUGGGGUCCUUAAGUACAACCAUUUAAGGAGCACAUCUUUACUAUUAUUUCUUUUUUGUGAUUUUGUUUUUAUGCAUCCAAGGUUAUUUCAUGCUCAAGUCACCAAGUUUUAGGAUUUUAUUAGGAUAGCACAAUAAUCCAUUUGUGGUUGGUUUUAUGGGCCGUUUUUUGAUAGUGUAUCCAAGCAUCAAGCCUUGUGGGCAGCAGGCUUUCUUACAAUACCCACAAACUAUUUAUGGAAUGAGCCAAAUACAUACCGGUAUGCCCUUCCCCUUUGAGGAAGGCAAUUUAAUUAGACUGCUUGGUAACUGGAGGGCUUGAAGUCGUUACCCUUCAUUGCUGCUGUGUCUAUUCCUGAUGCCUUGCUGUGUGAAAGUUUAGUGGGGAACUACAUGUUUGUUCCUAGAGAUGGCCUGCUUGCUGACGGCUUGGUGGUGUUAAUUAUAUAGUACAUAUUUAUCUAUUCAGUUACACUUUACUUAUUAGAUGAUUUUUUAAAUGAUGCAAAUCAUACCAAGUGCAUUGCAGAUUAUUCCUGACUCAAUCAUGUCAUUAAGAGGCAUGUACCUGGAAUGUGUCUGCAGAGCUUGUUUAGAAAGGUUGGAAAUUGGAAAAUUAAACACACCAAAUAUAGCUUUAUGAAAAAUACUGCAUAUCUUUGCUAUGAGAACAAUGCCAUCAUCUAUGUAAAAGUUUGGUAUGGAUUUUAUAAAAAUUACAGAAACAUCAGCCCCGGCUAGGGGUGUACAUUUUCACGUGUCCUAAUGCACAUUAGAAGGUUCUAAGAGCCCAUUUAUUUAUGAGCUUGUUAUAGAACCAACCUACAGAUCAGUUUUGUUUUCUAGUUUGUGAUGUUCCAUAGCUGUAUAUACUAAGUUGAAAGAAAUGUGCUAAUGCUUUUCAUUACUUGAUUUUCUUUUUAUAUAUUGUAAUCUAAUGAAUUUUGUUGUGGAAAGUAUUUUUAUGGCCAAAAAGGGUAGGUUUAUAUAUCACUGUUUGAAAGGCUUUAAGUCUUCAUCAAAAAAUAAAAUUUAAGUAUUAAAAAUCAUCUGAAUAAUCCUUUAAACUUUUAAAUGAAAAGAGCUAUCACUUGUCUUGUAAGCUGAUCUGUAUACAGAAUGUUUAGACUGGAGAAUAUUGAUGAGAACACUAUGCACCUUAACACAUUGGAUUAAGGACUUCAUUUCCUUUGGUUGAAUCCCUGUAUUUAUUAUUUCAUGCAUUAUAUUUCCUGUUGGUCUGUUUUAUAUUUUUUGGUGUUACUUUCUCUAAUUAGCCUUAUUGCAAUGGAAAAAAUUACCAAAAUGUCUUUUGUUGAUUUUCUUUAUUAUAAAAAAGUAAGAAAAUUUUGUUUUAAGAUAUAAAUCCAUUUUAAUGUU